UAUUUUAUUUUAUUUUUACUUUAUUUUGGCAAAUCUCACUUUUUCAGUUUUUUGCCCUCGUCUCUCCGGUCUUGUUCAUCCGAUCAGAGCUGCAACAACACAACAGCAACGCGCGAUUCUCAUCGCCCCGACCGCUACGUACGAUCUCCCUCUCUCUCCGUGCAAUUGAGAUCUGCAUGACUGCUCUCGACUCAAUAUUGCUUGUGUUGGGCUGGCCUUCUCGAUACUUUCCCGGCAUCCUACAGCAUCACUUUUCGUUGACUAAUCAUGGAUGGAAAAGACGGGCGCAAUAAUGACCCCGCUGACAAAGGGCUUUUCUCGGGCCUAGCUGGGUAUGCAGCUGGGCAAUACAUGCACCAUGGGUCAUAUCCUCCGCAUGGAUAUCCUCCCCAGGGGUAUCCUCCUCAGGGGUAUUCUCCACAGGGUUAUCCUCCUCAGGGGUAUCCUCCACAGGGUUAUCCUCCUCAGGGGUAUCCUCCUCAGGGGUAUCCACCAGCUGGUUAUCCUCCGCCAGGUGGAUAUCCUCCUGUCGGUUAUCCUCCUCCACCUGCAGGUUAUCCAUCAGCUUAUCCACCACCUGGGGGAUAUCCACCAGCUGCUUAUCCGGGUCCAUCAGCUCCUCCAGUUCCAUAUCAUUCAGGGCAUGGUCCUGGUCCUGGUAUGGGAGCAAUGGUAGCUGGGGGCCUCGCUGCUGCAGCUGCUGGUUACGGGGCACACCACAUUUCUCAUGGCACUCAUCAUCUCGGACACGGGGCUUUCUUCGGCCAUCAUCAUGGAAAGUUUAAACAUGGAAAGUUCAAGCACGGGAAGUUUGGAAAGCGAUGGAAACAUGGCAUUUUUGGAAAGCACAAGGGCAAGUUCUUUAAAAGAUGGAAGUGAUUUUGAUUCAUCACAUCUGUCUUGCUAGGGGACUGUUGUUGGCUUUCAACUGUUAUUCAUAUGAUCAAGUGGUUCUACUAAGAUCGAUUGUGUAAAUAGGUGGACCGUGUUUAAGUACUGAAAAUGCUUCCUAUCAGUUGCUCUCAUUAAGAAAUUGGGUCGAGUCUUUUAACAAUGUCAAUUUGCUUAGUAUUUUGAGAUUCUUUUGAAUCACUAUUUGAUCAGCUUUUUGCAUGAUGAAGUUUAAGAGCUUUGCUUUUCA